GUGGUAUGAUGGUUUGAAAACUGAAAUAUAGUGACGAUGUCGUUUCAGAGUCGAUGACUUUCUUGGCUUCUUUAACAGCUCUCCUACCCUCCUCGCAAGAAAUUGGCGGCAACCAUUGACGGAAUCGUUAAUCUUCGAACGAGAAUAUGGGUGUUCACGGUCUUUGGGAUCUGUUAUCUCCCGUUGGUCGUCGUGUCUCAGUUGAAACCCUCGCCGGCAAAAGACUCGCGAUUGAUGCGAGCAUAUGGAUGAUACAGUUCAUGAAGGCGAUGCGAGAUGAACGCGGAGAGAUGGUGAGGAAUGCACAUAUAUUAGGGUUUUUCCGACGAAUUUGCAAGCUAUUGUUUCUACGGACCAAACCAGUCUUUGUUUUUGAUGGUGCCACGCCUGCUUUAAAACGGAGAACCGUAAUUGCACGUCGCCGUCAGCGUGAGAAUGCUCAAACUAAAAUCCGAAAAACUGCUGAAAAGUUGCUUCUUAAUCAUCUCAAGGCAAUGCGGCUGAAAGAACUGGCAAAUGAUUUGGAGAACCAGAGAAAAAGUAACGGGGAUAAGGGCAAAGGGGUGAUCACAGACAAAGCUGACCUUGCUGGGACUACUUCAAAAACGAAUCCACCAAAUACAAAAGGUUUUGAUCAAGAAGCUUUAGAUGCUAUGUUGGCAGCAUCCAUUGAGGCGGAGGAAAACGGAGGUAUCAUAGGUGAUGCAUCAACAUCUGGUGCUGGGGUUCUUGCAGAAGAUGAAGAUGAAGAUGAAGAUGAUGAUGAAGAAAUGUUACUUCCAACACUUCAUGGAAAAGUUGAUCCUGCUGUUUUAGCUUCUCUACCACCAUCUAUGCAACUUGAUCUUCUUGGUCAAAUGAGAGAGAGGUUGAUGGCAGAAAACAGACAGAAGUAUCAAAAAGUCAAGAAAGCCCCUGCAAGAUUUUCCGAAUUGCAAAUAGAGUCUUAUCUUAAAACAGUUGCCUUCCGUAGGGAGAUACAUGAAGUCCAGAAAGCAGCUGGUGGGACAGGAAUUGGUGGAGUUCAGACUUCACGAAUAGCAUCCGAAGCAAAUAGAGAAUUUAUAUUUUCAUCUUCUUUUACUGGGGAUAGGCAAUCUCUUGCAUCUGUUGGAGUGGAGGCAAACAGCAAUGUGAAAAGCCAGAUGUCAACACAGCAUUCGUCUACAGGUUCUGUGAAUGGUGUUGAGUCAACUAAUAAGUCAAACAGCACAAUCGAGUCUUUCAUUAAUGAACCCAGAAAGAGAUUUAGUGAAGAUGUUGAGACAUAUAGAGAUGAUAGGGGACGGAUACGGGUUAGCAAGGUGAGAGCUAUGGGAAUUCGUAUGACUCGUGAUCUACAAAGGAACUUGGAUCUAAUAAAAGAGAUUGAACAUGAUAAAACUAAACCAGUUGGAAUGUUUAAUGACAGAAUUACCCAUUGUAAAGAAACAGAAUUCCCAAGUGAACUUCUUGAAAUUUCCAACCUUUCCAGUCCUUCGUAUCAGGAUCCACUUGUUUUCCCCAACAAAACAAACUUGGAAACUGUCCCAGUUAGUGGAACUUCAUUAGAGGUGUCUUUUGAGUAUGAUAAAGAGCAGCAAUUUGUAGACAGUGAUGAUGAUGUAUUUGCUAGUAUUGUGGCUGAUAAUACAUCUUCAGCAAAGCAACCUGUUAUAACCCUUUCAGAUGGUGAAUGGGAAGAGGGAAUGCCUGGAAACUCUAAAGGAGAGAAACCUGCUGAUUGUUGUGGUGAUGAAAGUGAAGUGGAAUGGGAGGAAGGGCCUUCUGGUAAUUUUGAGUUGGGCUCUGUAUGUGAAGUUGAACACAAGGAAACUGAAGUAGAAUGGGAGGAAGGACCUUCUGGUAAUUUUGAGUUGGGUUCUGUAUGUGAAGUUGAACAAAAGGAAACUGAAGUAGAAUGGGAGGAAGGACCUUCUGGUAAUUUUGCGUUGGACUCCAUAUGUGAAGUUGAACACAAGGAAGCUGUUUCAAAGGGUGAGUUACUGGAGGAAGCAGAUUUUCAGGAAGCAAUUAAACGGAGUAUGGAUGAUAUGAGGUGUGCGAAAGACAUUGAUACAUCAUCAUCAUCACCUGAAGAGUUUCAAGAUGACAAAGCAAUAGAUGCCAAUGAUUCUCCCACUGCACAGUUGGAGGCAACUACCGUAAAUGAUCCAAAUAUGAUUGAAGUUCAGAUGACAACAAAAUGUCUCCCUGAAGUUUCCAAUAAAGAUGCGAGUGAUGACUGUAAUUUUCAAGGAGAAACUGGACGUGUGGAUCUGGUGAAUCCAACCGAAGAAAGUGGAGUUGAAUUGGGUAAUGAGCAGCAUGAGGAUAAUUCUAGAGAGGAUGAUGAUGUCAUUAUCGUUGAUGGUCAACAACAUGAAGUCAAAGCUCUUGUCAUUGACCAAAUUCUGGAGACAACAAGGCCUGAAGCAACUUCUGUUAAGGAAUCAAAGUCUGACUUUGAUAUUGUGCAGAAGGUUCCCGAGGGAAGGGAUAGGAAUGCUUCUUAUGAGGAAAGGAAUGAUGAUGUCAGCAAUUUUGUUUUGAGUGACAUGAGCAAGGAACAGAUUGAAAUCACAAAGGCUAAUUUGGAGGAGGAAAUGACAAAUUUAACCAAGGAGCGUACAGAUCUGGGUGAUGAACAGAGAAGGCUUGAGCGCAAUGCAGAGUCUGUGAGUGGCGAAAUGUUUACAGAAUGCCAGGAACUUCUUCAAAUGUUUGGUUUGCCAUAUAUCAUAGCUCCAAUGGAGGCUGAAGCUCAAUGUGCAUACAUGGAACUCGAAAACCUUGUUGAUGGUGUGGUUACUGAUGACUCUGAUGUUUUAUUGUUUGGGGCACGAAGUGUUUACAAAAACAUAUUUGAUGAUAGAAAAUAUGUGGAGACAUACUUUAUGAAGGACAUUGAAACAGAGCUUGGCUUACCACGAGAAAAGUUAAUCCGCAUGGCAAUGCUCCUUGGGAGUGAUUACACAGAAGGUAUCAGUGGAAUUGGAAUUGUCAAUGCCGUUGAAGUCCUGAAUGCUUUUCCUGAGGAAGAUGGUCUUCAUAAGUUUCGUGAGUGGAUAGAAUCACCAGAUCCAAGCAUCCUUGGGAAGGUUGGUGGUAAAGAAGGGUCGAAUAAAAGGGCGAAACGGUCAAAUAGUAAUGCUGGAGAAGCUUCUACAGCGGAUCAAAAUGUUUCAAAGCCAGAUGAUGACAUGGACAUGAUGAAGCAGAUCUUCAUGGAAAAGCAUAGAAACGUGAGCAAAAACUGGCAUAUUCCUUCUACUUUUCCAAGUGAUGCAGUGAUUUCUGCAUAUGCAUCUCCGCAAGUAGACAAAUCAACAGAGCCCUUUUCAUGGGGAAAGCCGGAUCUUUUUGUUCUUCGCAAAUUAUGUUUUGAAAAGUUUGGAUGGGGUACCCAGAAGGCUGAUGAGUUGCUACAACCUGUUCUAAAGGAGUACAACAAACACGAGACUCAGUUGCGAUUGGAAGCAUUUUACACUUUCAAUGAGAGAUUUGCAAAAAUUCGUAGCAAGAGGAUAAGUAAAGCUGUGAAGGGAAUAGCAGGGAGCAAAGCAUCAAAGUUGAUAGAUGAAAAUGAGGAAGAUAAACCCAAUAGAAAGAAGAGAAAGAAAGUGAAGCUUGAAGAGGGUAAGAAUGAUAUAGAAACAGAACAGCUUAUAAUUCAAGAGGAACACAGAAAGAACAUCAAAGGUUCAGGUGUUAGAGGUAGAGGUAGAGGAAGAGGAAGAAGUCAAUCAGUAAGGACAAAUGAAAACAAUUUGGAACUUUCUGCAACAAGUUCUGAUGAUGGAAACAAUACUAAUAGUGACUACAUGCAAGAAACACAUGGUGAACAUUCAAAAGGACAGCAUGAAAUACGAAGGUCAAAACGUGUUAGGAAGUCAGUGAUACCCAUGAACAAUGAAGACUCUGAAAUGGAUGAGCCUAGAACACAAGAAGAUGUUGGAAAUGUAGAACCUUCAAAGGAGGAAGAGACACUGUUCAAUACUGCAGCUAUAGAUUCAGGUGGGAAUAAUGAUCACGAAUUCACAUUAUCAGAAAUCAGGGUCCAUCUUGAUGAGGCUGAAAAUUGGUGUCAAAAUGACGAAAACCCCCCUGAAGCGGAAUUAUCUAAUGAGUACCUUAAAAUGGGGGGUGGGUUUUGCUUGGAUGAGGACGAGGGAGAUAAGGAGCCUGGAGAAUCUGCUUGCAGCCCAACUCAAGUAUUGAAUGAACCAUCUCAUGAAGGAGGGGCAGAAGCGUCCAUUAGCCAAAAUGUGUCACAGGUGAACCUUGAAGAAGAUGAAGAUGAGAUGAGACCUGUAAGUUUCUUAUCUGGUAUUCCUAACUUGAGGAGAAAGAGAAAGAAAGUAUGAGCCAUGGGUUUAUUGUAAUUUUCGUCAAAACAUUGACCUAGGGAUGAGCUUUAGAACCGGACCGGUUUUCCUAUAUUAUAAGAACCGGGAACCGGACCACCGGUUCCGGUUUUCGGUCCCGGUUUUCCGGUUAUUUUUCAAACUAGAACCGGUUGAAAUGUUGUAGACGAUAUGUUAUCUUCCGGAGCUUGUAAAUGAUUCAAUAUUUAAUCAAAUUAUGACUUUUUACAUUCUAAA